AUGACACUGAACAGGAAGACGAGGAUGGGAAUGGGGUCAUCACUCACACAUCAAGUGGCGAAGGCAAAACUCAAGUUGAUCAUAAGAUUAUGGAAGCGGUGGUCUUCACGUCAAAGUGAAUUGCGGGAGCGGCGACAGUUAGCUGCAACUGCUGCCCUGAAUUCUCUAUCCCUGGGCACUCCUAUCCGCUUUAGCAAAACUGAUCAAUCGAGGGCGUGUGGUGAGUUUGACAUUGAUCAAGCCAUGAAGAUGAGAUUUGAAGAACAAGAAAAAUCAUGGUCAAGGCUGAACAUUUUCAGAUGUGAUAGCUCUGAUACACUAGUCGGAAGGAAUCCAGACUCAAAAUGCAUAUGCUGGGAGAUCAUCUUAUCUACUCAGAUUAAAUCAGUCGAACACAUCAAGUCAGGAUUCACAUUCAGUAGCCAGUCGAUGCUUAUCAUCAAAGCUCACACUGAACAUAGUGUCUCCGAUGAUAAUCUGCUGUUUUCAGCUCCCGGUGUGUGUCGGUAUGGAACAAAUGGGUUGCAAGUGGGUCUGGCUCAGAUUUCAGAUGCCGUCUCUCAGUAG